AUGGGCACCGGCGCAGGAGCGCCGCGCCUUAGAAAAGAAGACCCAAAUGCCAGAAUCUGCCUUGUGCAGGUCUUCCUCCUCACCGCGCCACAGUCCUCACCUCCAAACGGAUCACCCAACCAACUGCUUCUCUGGGAAAUUUUUGCCCCCUUCAACUCGCCCCCCCUCUUCUGCUUCAACCACUACACUGCAGCUUUCAAGGCCCUCAACUGGAGCCCCCAUCAGAACAGCUUCCUCGCCUCCGGCGGUGGCUCAACCGGCAAGAAGAUCUGCUUCUGGAACAUCAUCAGCGGCAACCUUGAUCUCUGUGCCAAAUGUGUCCUCAAAUAUGUGAAUUUUUUUUGGCAAUCAGUCUUCCCUCCGGGCGUCGGGCAAGGAUAUCAGCCUUUCGCCGAUCCAGAAGCCAGUUCACCGCGCCGUGGAACCCAAUGGAUCACGCCUAAGCAGAUGCCAAAAGACGUAUACGCUGAUGAUGGACCGGCUAGCGUGGUCAUCCUUGCAGGGAGCCUCUUAGGCACGGCUGAAAAGCUUUUGGCCACAGAGACAAUCAGCUGGGACGCUCGCCAGAUCGACUGGGUCAUUGCGGGAUCCAUGACCAUCAUGGCCAUCCUUACUAUCAUUGUCUCCGCCUAA